UCUGCUCCUGUUGCAGCCCUUCCUGCCUGCUUCCUGACAGGUGGAGCUGUGACUCAUUCCAGGGAACAGCUCACCUGUGUCAGAGAUUUCUCUCCAGGCAGAGAGUGACCCUCUUCAUCAUCAACUCUUUGGACUGUUUGAAGAAACUACUGACUUCAGAUCAGAAGAUGAGUGAUUUGGAGGAAGAGGAGGACGGAGCAGAGUCAGUACUAUCUGGCUGUCAGACUAUGAAGAGUGACCGGUCCAGAGGACAACCUCCGAUCUUCAGUAAUGAACCUGGACCCUCAGACACAAAAUUUCAGAACAACAGACAGAGAGCAGAGUCUGUAGUAUCUGGCUGUCAGUCUAUGAAGAGUGACCGGUCCAGAGGACAACCUCCGACCUUCAGUACUGAACCUGGACCCUCAGACACAAAAAAGAGGGAGAGGAUUGAUGUUUGUGAGGAGGAGCAGCCGUCCUGCUGUGCUUUGUGUCAGGACGUCCUGAAGGAUCCAGUCUCUACCAGCUGUGGACACUGGUUCUGCAGACAGUGCAUCACCUCAUACUGGGACCAGUCUGCUUCAUCAGGGGACUCCUGCUGUCCCCAGUGUGGAGAAAGAUCCAGAACAAUGUACGUUGUUAAACAUAAACAUAAGAUCAGUGUGAAGGGGACAUAUGAACAUGUGACUGAAGGAGCUGAUCAAACAGGAAGUGGAACACUCCUCAACAGGAUCUACACUGAGCUCUACAUCAUAGACGGACUGAGUGAAGAAGUUAAUACCGAACAUGAGGUGAGGCAGCUCGAGACAGCUUCCAAGAUGAAGACCCUCCAUGACUCUCCAAUCAAGUGCAGCGACAUCUUUAAAGCCUUACCUGACCAACAGAAACACAUCAGAGUCGUUAUGAUGAUCGGCGUUGCUGGCGUUGGAAAAACCUUCUCAGUGCAGAAGUUCUGUCUGGACUGGGCCGAGGGUUUGGAAAACCAAGAUGUGGAUCUGGUGAUUCCUCUUUCCUUCAGGGAGCUGAACUUGAUCAAAGAUGAGCAGUACAGUCUUCUGGAGCUGCUCCGUGUUUUCCAUCCAUCAUUACAGGAGGUCACAGCAGAGCAGCUCGCUGGCUCUAAAGUUCUCUUCAUCUUUGACGGCCUGGAUGAAAGCAGAGUUUCACUGAAUUUCAACAAGAGAAAAGUUGUUUCUGAUGUCACACAGAACUUAUCAGUCAACUUCCUGUUAGCAAACCUCAUCCAGGGGAAGCUGCUUCCCUCUGCUCUCGUCUGGAUAACUUCCCGACCUGCAGCAGCCAAUCAGAUCCCUCCUGCAUGUGUUGACAGGGUAACAGAAGUACGAGGCUUCACUGACGACCAGAAGGAGGAGUACUUCAGGAAGAGAGUCAGUGAUGAAGAGCUGUCCAGCAGAAUCAUCUCCCACAUCAAGACAUCCAGGAGCCUCCACAUCAUGUGUCUGAUCCCAGUCUUCUGCUGGAUCACUGCUACAGUUCUGGACCACAUGUUGACUACAGACCAGAGAGGAGAGCUGCCCAAGACCCUGACCGACAUGUACUCACACUUCCUGCUGGUUCAGACAAAGAGGAAGAAGCUCAAGUAUGCUGAGAGACAUGAGACGAGUCCACAGGAGCUGACGGAGGCUGACAGGGAAGUUCUUCUGAAGCUGGGGAGGCUGGCGUUUGAACAGCUGGAGAAAGGAAACAUCAUGUUCUACCAAGAAGACCUGGAGCGCUGUGGUCUGGAUGUCACAGAGGUCUCGCUGUACUCAGGAGUUUGUUCAGAGAUCUUCAAAAGAGAGAGUGUGAUCUUCCAGAAAACAGUCUACUGCUUCGUUCAUCUGAGCGUUCAGGAGUUUCUGGCUGCAGUCUACCUGUUCCACUGUUACACCAACAGGAACACACAGAUACUGGAGGACUUCCUGGGAGAAGACUAUGUUAGUUCAUCCCUGGAUGUCUUCCUGAAGAGAGCCAUGGAGAAAUCCCUGAGUAGUAAAAAUGGCCACCAGGACAUGUUUGUCCGCUUCCUUCAUGGCCUCUCUCUGGAGUUCAACCAGAGACUCUUAGGAGGCCUGCUGGGUCAGACAGACAACAGUCCAGAAAUCAUCCAGAGAGCCAUCAACAACCUGAAAGAAAUGAACAUUUGUGGGAUCUCUCCUGACAGAAGCAUCAACAACCUGAAGAAGAUGAAGAAGACCAAUAUCUCUCCUGACAGAAGCAUCAACAUCUUCCACUGUCUAACGGAGAUGAACGACCACUCAGUCCAUCAGGAGAUCCAAGAGUUCCUGAAGUCAGAGAACAGAUCAAAGAAGGAACUCUCUGAGAUCCACUGCUCAGCUCUGGCCUACAUGCUGCAGAUGUCAGAGGAGGAACUGGAUGAGUUGGACCUGAGUCAGUACAACACAUCACAGGAGGGACGCUGGAGACUGAUUCCAGCUGUGAGGAACUGCAGAAAGGCUCGAUUGUUGUUUGAUGGUCAUUGCAGUUUGUCAGAGACUAGCUGUGCUCCUCUGGUCUCAGCUCUAAAAUCAAAGCCCUCCCACCUGAGAGAGCUGGACCUGACAGACAACAAGAACCUGAAGGAUUCAGGAGUGAAGCUGUUGUGUGCUGGAUUGGAGAGUCCAAACUGUAGAUUGGAGAAUCUGGGAUUGAAGAGCUGCGGUUUGUCAGAGAUCAGCUGUGCUGCUCUGGCCUCAGCUCUGAAGUCCAACCCCUCCCAUCUGAGAGAGCUGGACCUGAGUGACAACAACCUGAAGGAGUCAGACGUGAAGCAGCUGUGUGAUCUGAAGGAGAGUCCAGACUGGAGACUGGAGACUCUGAAAUGGUGAUCUCUGUCAGACUGAUCAGGAGGAGGAUGUUGGAGGACCAGCUGAGUCCUGAUGAUCCCGAGAGCUUGAAGCAGCAGCAGCACCUCUAACUGGGCCAUGUUACUGGGAGGUAGAGUGGAGAGACUGACUGAGGCUCUGCACGCUUCCACAUUAGCAACGGCACGUGGCCAUGAAAGAAGGAUGUCGGGCAAGUUGAUUGGCCGACAUUAGCCUCUCUGGGUCAGUGACGGGGGCUCUGUCUCCAUCAGAAUCAGCUGACUCAGCAUACGUCAGACUACAGAGUGGAGCCAAGUGUGGAAAGCAUAUGUUUGCUAACAUUUCACAUUUUACCAUCAAUGGUAAACUUGACUGUCGUCGCUGCAGGACAGUCAGCUGUUAGUCUGAUAAACUUAACU